GCCUGGGGCCAGUGCAAAAGGAUGCCACGCGAGGCUCAGGCUCCUCCCAGGGUCCAGCACUGGGUAUUCGGAGUCAACAUUGCACAGGCCAGGCCAGGGCAAUCAGACUGUUCUGAGUCAUUUGCCCGGAAGCCUCGUCCUAGAUCAAUGCGGAUGUGAAGCAUCCACAAAGCAGGAAUAGUAGCAGCAGCGGCAGCAGCAGGAAUCUCCAGACCUUCCAUGAUGGAUGAUAUCUGUGAAGCAAAUGGCACUUUUGCCAUCAACUUAUUUAAAAUGUUGGGGGAAGAGGACAACUGUCGAAAUGUAUUCUUCUCUCCUCUGAGCGUAACCUCUGCCUUGGCCAUGGUCUUAUUGGGGGCAGAAGGAAACACCGCAGCGCAGAUGUCCCAGGCACUUUGUUUGAAUGAAGACGAAGAUGUUCACCAAGGUUUCCAGUCGCUUCUCUCUGAAGUUAACAAAACUGGCACUCAGUACUCUCUUAGAAUUGCCAACAGACUCUUUGGAGAAAAAACGUGUGAUUUCCUUCCAACCUUUAAGGAAUCCUGUCAGAAGUUCUAUCAGGCAGAGCUGGAGGAACUGUCCUUUGCUAAAGAUACUGAAGAAUGUAGGAAACACAUAAAUGACUGGGUGACAGAAAGGACUGAAGGUAAGAUAUCAGAGGUGCUGGCGGCUGGGACAGUUGAUUCACUGACGAAGCUGGUCCUUGUGAACGCCAUCUACUUCAAGGGAAAGUGGAAUGAGCAGUUUGACAGCAAGUAUACAAGGGGAAUGCUCUUUAGAACCAAAAAGGAGAAAAAGACAGUGCAGAUGAUGUUUAAGCAAGCUAAAUUUAAAAUGGGGUAUAUAGAGGAGGUGCACACCCAGGUCCUGGAGCUGCCAUACACAGAGGAGGAGCUGAGCAUGGUCAUCCUGCUUCCAGAUGAAGAUACCGAUCUUGCUGUGAUUCCAGGUGAUGCAGAUUCUGCUGGUCUGUGGACCACACUCUGAAUAGCAAGGGUCCAAAGUGCAAAUGGGAAAUUUACCUUAGACAUGAGGAGAGAGAAGUCUUACCAUGACAGAAAAGGAACAGAGUCCAAGAAGGGAGAAAAUAAACUUGCAAGGUAGGAGAUACAGAACCAAUCAUGUGCUAGUAAGCACCUCUCUGGGAAGUGGGGGAAGCCUUAGUUAUAAAGUUUUCUGAUUCCCAUGGUGUAAAUACUCCCACCAUGGCUGACUUUAAGCUACCAAGCAUUUAACAAUCAAUAGGAGCCAGCCCCAGCACAUCAAUGCACAGGAUGUUGAGGGUGGAGCUGCCUAAUUUCCCUGGUUUCUCUAUGGAAUCGGAAAGCUUUUGGCAUGAAUUGAGGAUGAUAUGUGUCAUGGCCACUUAUGAAAGGAAAAUUAGGAAAAUCUUGAAACAGAGCCCAAGUCAAAACAACCGUCACUUGGGAGGAGUGCACACCUGGGCUCCAGUUGGUAAACGGAAGGAGAGAUACAAGUGGAAAUUCUCUCUCCUUUGUCUCCUUUUCCUUAUGGAUAAAGAGAAUGAGUGAUGCAUCUUGGAAGAUUUGAAGCUAACUCCAAGACAGGCAGAGGGCAAACAAGGAUGCCAGAAGCAACAGUCUUGUUAAAUUCCCCAUUUCUGCUCUCCUCUCUCUUCUCAUACCUCUUAUAAUGUUUGAGUGACACCUGGUCCUCCUGUAUUCAACCCUGAGUAGCCCCUGGUUCAACUCAGAAUCAGACUUCCAAGCCAUGCUCUUUGUCUUUCUUUUGUGAAACAAUCAUGCCCACUCACAGUAAUGUGUGCCACAUGAAUAUUAAUAUAAUCCGUUUGUUCAAAUUUUCUAAACUGUUAACAAAUGUUUUUCAACAUUUGAAAUGAGUUUGGUGCAGUUUGUUUUUAUUAAAAAUUUCUACCCAUCUCAGGUAUUUUCUAGCUCAUCUACUCAUAUGCAUAAGACAGGGAAAAGACAAGAAUUUGGGGGAACAUCUUGGUGUGUUCAUAACAAACAAUAUCUGUGGGUUUUCUUGGACUAGAACUCACCAUCUAGUUCCUUAUUAUGCGGGUGGGUGUAUAAUAAGUGGGUAGGUGGGUGCCAGGCUGUUGUCACCUACAUUUUA